AUUUAACUUCGGUUUCCACUUUCGUUUAGGUUAAGCAUUCUUAAACAUAGUUUCGUUUUGAAAAGAGCCUAUCACAAUGCCAUACUCAUUUUACUUUAAACAUGUUUAAGUUUAAGUUCCUACUGAAAAUAAGCCAAUAUUGAACAGGUAAUUUACAUUUAAGAUUAUGUAGUUAAUAUAUUUUUAUGAAUAAGAUUGCCAUAUCGUACAGCCCAUCUUCACGUACAAUAGAUAUCUCGUGUAUCUUGUGUAAGUGCAAUAACCUUUAAUGGACAUUGAGCACAGCGAUUUCAUGAAAUAUACAGAUUUUGAUAACAGUUCAUCAUAUGUACAGAUCGAUUGUUUGACACAAUCACAUUGAUAAACGAUAAACUUUACGAUUCAAUAGCACUAUAUACUUCUCAUCUAUUUAGGAUACAAUAGUGAAACACGUUAUAUAAUCAAGAGAAACACAAUUACACGUGUAUGAUAUGUUUUAUUGAUAUAUUUUCAAAAUUAUACAUAUUACACAAACAAUCAUAUUAAACAUACAACAAUAAACAAAGCAAACCAUGGAAGAAGAGAGAGAGAUGUCAGACGUGUCGACGUUGCCGCAGUUCUUAUACAAUCAAGCAGUAGAAGGACACGAGUGCUGUGACGUUACCUUACAGUUUGGAAACACGGCGAUGAGAGCCCAUUGGUAUGUGUUGGUUCGAUGCCCAUUUUUUGAGGCCAUGUACAAAGUCAAAGCAAGCGAGCGUCAAACCGGUAUAAUACAAAUUACUGAAGGAACAGAGGACGCUAUUACAGCAGCUAUUGAGUUUUUGUACACGAACCAAACACGACUGGAACUGCCAAAUAUUGAAGACGUGUUGCACGUUGCAAACUAUUUACAAAUUGAUGACCUUGUUCACUUGUGUGGGCAGUUUUUACGCACGUCACAGCUGACCCCCGAAAACUGCUUACCUAUUUAUUUGAUUGUCAAACGUUGUCAUUUUGAUUUGCAUGAAAACUUACUGCUUUAUAUAAAAACGCACUUACAAGAUAUUGCCGAUUCGACCCAACUCUGCGAUAUUUCAAGUGAUGAAAUGACAGACAUAUUGGCGAAUUUGGACUUAUGUGAUAUUCGUCAAGACGCAAUAAUUUACUUUUUAAGUAAAUGGAUGAGCUACGAUGAAGAAAUUAGACAACUGACGUUUGUAAAAAUAUUUUGUGAACUUAAACUUAACUUAACAGACGAUGAUGUGUGUAGCUUUUCAUCGAAAUAUAACUUCCUUCAAUGUUCUGAACUAUGUCGGAAGUAUAUGUUUAGGUGCAUUGUAGUGCCUUCUUUGUUUGUGUUUUCAGAAGAAACUGUGGACGUACACAGCCGGUAUAUCUGGAUGCUAAAUGUAAGUUGCAAACAAUGGACGCAGCUUACGGCGCUACCAGUUAAACUAAACAAUUCGUUUACGACAGAAUUGUUCUAUGCACUUGCACAAGAUUCAUCCAAACAUUUCUUAUAUGCACUUAAAGACCAAUAUAACAGAGAAGCAGCGGAUUCCACGUUUAUUCUAAUACAGACGUUCAAGUACGAUAUACUACUUAGAACUUGGACGGUAGAGAACUUUAAAUAUGAAGAAACCGACUCCAGUCGAGGUCGUGUAGACAUUAAAAGUCUGGUGUGUGUUAAAAAUAAACUUUUCUUAACUGUUACACCAUUAACCGCUUGGUCGCAACCAAAGUCUUUAAGAUGUAUUGUGUUCCAAUCUAAUAAGGAAAUGUGCGUUCAGAAUUAUUCAUUAAUGACAUGGAGACAGUCAGAAGAAAAACUUCUUGAUGUGAAAGCAUGUACAGUCGGGUGUAGAUAUGUGGUCGUGUUAUGGACGACAGAACUGGUGUCGUACUUUCGUGUGCUAGACGUUUGUAAAGAGGAGAUCUUAACAAGGGUUUUACAACAUGAUGUAAUCGGAAAACAAUUGGUUAUGGUUGAAACACACAAUGGAGUAAUCGUUGCUUCCAAGGAGAAAGGUAUAUGUUUGCAAUUAAAUGGGGAUAUUCAGGAUACCUUGAUUGUCGAAAGCCACCCUCUACCUAGAUCAUUAAUAUUUGGCGAUGAAUCUGUUGAGCUUGACGAUACAGCCCUGUACCAUGGCUGUGGAUUUAAUGCUGUAGCUGUGUACAGUUCAACAUCUAACAAACUUUUCACGUAUGACUUUGAAACACGGACAGUUUCUUAUGUUUCACACUUGCCAUUCAAGAUCGGCAGCGGUUCUAUUUUUCAAAGAACUGCGUUGUCUGCCGCUUUUCUCGACUAGCAAAUUGUAUUUCGCGUCAAAGUCAUAAAAGAAACUUGAUGAUGAUGAUGAUGAUGAUUAUGAUGAUGAUGAUGAUGAUGCUUAUUCUAACAUUCGGGUGGUAAGGCGGCGUCAAACAGGUGGUUUCCGGCCCAUAACGAUUAUGCAGAGACUAAACUUGAGAUAUAGCAAGCAUGCAUGGCAUUUCACUCGGAACCAAUCAGGAUAAAGUGAAGGUUAUUGCAAGACAAAUACUGUUGCUGGUCGAUAAGUUUAGUUUGGAUGGAGGUAUUACGCAGAAAUUGUGUAUAUUCAGAUCUUUAUUCGGUUUGAAUUGGGACCAUGUUACUUAACAUAGAAAACUGAAAAUAAGGUGGUUCCCAGUAGAUAACUAAAAUUGCAUUAAAUAAUCUGGUAGUUUAAAGAAAAAUUCCUUUGAGUCAUCGCGAGAACACAUUUGGAUGGCUUAAAACGCUAAGAAUGCCAAAAUGGCGACCUUAAGGUGACAAGUUUGGACAAGGUCAAAGAAAACGCAAGGGUUCGGCUUUCUAACGGCGUCCGGGCUAGAAUGCAGUAUUAUCGCCUUUGAACCACUUUAAACCAAUAUCAGUAACGCGAUAUAACACGAAUAACCAAAGUUUGAAGCAGAUAAUUAGUUCAUAAGUACCACAAGAUUAUUCGGCUAUCCGAUCUCGUUUCCAGUGCGUCGAUUGGGUUCAAAGUACGACCCUGUCGCAUGCAGUCCUUGAGCAGACGCUUAGAAUUCAGUCGGGUCGUAGAAGACACGCAAAAAACAUGUGGACGCAAUGACAUCGCGGAUGAUCACCUGAGUGUACGCCGAGAGAUCACAGUAUAAAAGAAGUGAACAAGCUUAUGACGUGGCGAGAAGGAUGCGUACUCGCAAAUAAAAUAGAUAGCAGGACCCCAUUUAGUAGGUUGACUGUAUUUCGACUUCUUAGAGAGAAACACUAAUGAGCGUUCUAACUAGAUGUAUCUAAUUUUUCCAAAACGUGACUUAUUAGCAGUAGUAAGACGCCAGUUACACAUGUUCAAUGAUACCCGUUAGAAUAGGGUAAACGUGUAUGUACGAUGUUUUACAACUCAAUAGUUUAUCAUAAAUAAUGAAUUAUUCAAGUCUUCAGUCCUAUCAAAAAUCAUAUGUUUAGUCCCCUGCACAUUUAUAAUUAAAACUAAAAGUCACUUUUUAACAUUUUGAUUUUAUCCGAUACAGCUGUUUUACCAUGUGUUUUUACCUGGUUCGACCUUUGUAAUUUUCCAAUGAAAUUUUCUCUAACAAAUGAGAUUGUCAUAUAUUUUUACACAACUUUAAGUAUGAAAUUUAAAUAAUAAUGAUCAUGUAUAUACAUGCAUAUUUUAUGCCAAGUAAAGCAUAUAAUAUGUAUGGAAGAACAAUUUUAUAAAGAGUUGUUUAAUUAAAGUUAAAUACCUGGCAGUCCUUUAUUCAAUAUUUCUUUCCUAGUACAUUCUAUUGGGGGAGGAAAUUCUCAAUGUCAUACAUGAUUGUCAAUGUUUCCAGACUAAAAGUUUUAAUGAAAUCAACAGUUUUACGUCAGGAUUAAUGUUCAAUUUGAUUGUCGAAUACCAUGGAAGUGAAAACAGUAAAUAAAACUGUAGAUUUGAUGAAACUUAACAUCAAUAUUAGAAAGGGAGGUAAUUUACAUAUGCUCAGACCUGCUCACCAAAUGAAAAUAUCAUAUUUAGAGAUUAUACUUUUUACCUUAGUUGAACAUCCUUUCGUAACCCCACAAUGCAUCUGACGCAUAAUAAAUAUCCUGUGUAGACAGGGCAUUACCUACAAAAGACAUGUUUAUGUAUGUACAGUAUGUGUUUAGUUUGGUAAGGCAAUACUCAUCUGUUAAACGUUUGAAUUAUCAGAAGGUAUAAAUGCCCAAAUAACAGGGCCAAAUUUCUGUAAACAUAUGUUCCAGAGUAGUUUAUACUUUAAUAUUGAUCGGGAUUUUAUAACAUGCAUAUAAAAAUAGAACAUGUAUAUCGGAUCUUUAUAACAUGCAUAUCGGAUCUUUACUACAUGCAUAUCGGAUCUUCAUUACAUUUGUAUUGGAGCUGCAUUACAUUAUGGUUUAUUUUUCUUGAUAAAUCAAUGUCUGUAUGUCUUGAUUAUGGUCAUGUGUGAACUCUUUAAAUAAGCAUAACAGAUAUUUCUUAACGACUUAAUCAACAACUCUUGUAUCGCAUUUUGUUAAAACAUAUAAUUAAAGAUAAAUAUAGUGGUACUUAAAAAAUGAGUGUUUUUACAUAUAAAUUUAACUGAUUUUGUUCUGCACAGCUCCAUACAUUUUGAACAGAAGAAACACAUGGGUUAAUAUUCUUUACAUACUGCCACCCUACAGACUUUUAAGGACCAUUUAAAAUUGAUAAAUAAGAAAGAUGGUAAUACUAUUUCGAGCAAUUGAUGAAAUAAAUUGACUUUUAAAAGAUGUGUCACUACCACACAUAAUGCAUGAGUCAGGCCAGUGUUAUAUAGGAUCUGGAGCGAGUUGUCAUAUCACACCAUAUUUUAUUAAACGAGUUCAGAAAUUUUGUUAGAUAGCGAGCCUUUGGCGAGAUUACUAACAAUUUUCCUGGACGAGUUUAAUAAAAUAUGGUAUGAUAUGACAACGAGUGUCAGAUAUUUGUUAUCACAUGCUUUUAAAUGAGCAAAUUAAAUAAAUAUUUACUCAAACAUAAUGAUAAAUCCCGAAUGUUGUUUACAUUUCGUGACGUCAUUUGACGUUGCAACGUCAUUUCAGCAAAAUAACAAAAUGCGAUUGGUCAAUAAACGAAAACUAAGUCAAUGAAAACGCUUUUAAAUGUUGUAUUACACAUGUGUAAUAUAGGAAAAUAUGUAAUGGUUAUAUUAAAUGGGAAACAGGGUAUGGUAUGUGAUAAAAUGCUAUACUAGUUUUUGCUCAAAUUAUGCCACAUGACUUGACUCAUUGGGAGAAAGUCAAGUUGUAUGCUUUUUACUUGCCUAGUGAUGUGAAGUACAUACGUGCCCUAUAAAUGAUUUUUCGAAAAGUAUAUAUAUUCAAUCAUUUAAAUGUGAAUUGUUCAAGCAUUACAUUGUAAUACUCUUAGCAAAUUAAGACCCAUCUCAUAGUGUUCUGGCAUUCUCACAUUAAGCCAUGCUAGUUUAUAACUGAUGUACUGUAUACAAUGACAUGUAUUGUUGAUGCAUGUGAAUUUGUUUUUUCUGUUCAUAUUGUUGUGACGAUGAGCUGUAUAUGCUCAAGUCCUUAAUAAAUAUUCUGUUCUGUU